AUGAUGAUGAUGAUAAUGAUGAUGAUGAUGUCCCUAACUUCUCAUAGAUACUACGGAGCACUAUCGUCGUAUUCGGUGUCGAUGCUCGAUAGAUACUUGUCACUACUUCCAUUGCUGUCCUCCGCCGUCGUGAGGGCCCAAGAAAAGACCCCAAGAAAAGACCCCAAAAAAGUCUAA